AUGCAUUGGACACCUCCCUCUCCGAAUCGCUACAAAAUCAACAUGGAUGGUGUUGUGUUCAAGGAGCAAAAAAUGGUAGGUGUUGUGAUUUUGAUAAGGGACGAAGAGGGUCGAUUGAUUGGUGCCUGUAGUAAGAAGAUAGAAGCUCCCUUGGGUGCCAUUGAAGCUGAAGCAAAGGCUGUUGACCUGGGUCUUCAAUUUGCUAAGGUUGCUGCUUUGGUCUAUAGUUUAGUAGAUGCUGCCCAUUCUUUUCAGUGUGUAGACUUCUCCCAUGUUGGUCAAAAUGGUAAUAGGCUAGCCCAUUUACUUGCAAGACAUGCUUUAGGCAUUGCAAAUUUGUCUGUUUGGGUUGAAGAGACUUCUUGUUUCCUUGAACAAGCUCUCAACCAGGAUGUAUUUGUUAAUUCUUCUAAUUAA